AUGGCUUAUGCGGCUGUGCUUUCUCUUAAGCUUACAAUUCAGCGCCUUCUCAAUUCUUGUCAUCAAAUUCCUAUUCUUCCACCCUAUCCACAAAUCUUACAACUUGCAUACGAUGAGGUUGAGUCCUUCGAGACAAUCUUUUGUUCGAAAGAGAGCAACAGCAAGAGGACGGAGGCUUUGGAAAGGCAAAUCAGAGAGGCAGCAUUCAGACUGGAAGACGUACUUGAAUCAGCCCAUGUUUCAGAUCAACAUUUUCUGUCACAAUCUCAAACCCCUGAUGGAGUUGAUAUCAGCUACUUGGCCAUGAAAGUGAAGGAAGAGAUUGAUUUCUUCACCGAAACAGUGAAGAAGAUCACGGAGCAAUUAAGCAACCCGUCGGCGUCGCUGCUUGCUGAAGAAGACGACGAACUUGUUUCGUCUACAACAGCAGGUCAUUCUCAAGAAAAGAAGUCGUUUAUCUUUCCAUCGGAUCAUGAUGAGUUGAUUCGACUCAAAGAUAUGCUAAGUUUCUCCCGUAGACUCGAAGUUGUCUCAAUAGUUGGGAUGGCGGGUAUUGGCAAAACAGCUCUUGCUAAACAAAUUCUUGAAGAUUCGUAUAUCCGGGGCCAUUUCAACCUUCUUGUUUUUGCUUCAGUAGGCCCAAAAUCUGUACUUAGAGAAAUCAUGCUGGAUUUGCUAGCUAAAAUUGGUGUUGAGAUUGAUAAAACACAUGAACAAUCUGAUCAAAGGCAAUUAGGCGUCGCUUUUUACGAAAAAUUGUAUGGUUCGAGAUACCUAAUUGUGUUGGAUGACAUAUGGGAUCAGAGAUGUUGGCAUGAGGUGACAACGUAUCUUCCAGACAAUCAUAAUGGAAGUCGGAUCAUCAUAACAACUAGGCUAGAACAAGUAGCUAGAAGCGCCGGACCAUAUUAUCUUAACAAGAGGUUCCUGAAUCAACAAGAAAGCUGGCUUCUUUUUUGCGAUAAGGUGUUUGGUAGAGACCAUUCAUCAUGCCCUUCUGAACUUGAGAAAGCGGGAAGGAAGAUUGUCAAGAAGUGUGAAGGACUUCCUCUCUCAAUCAUUGCAGUUGCCAGACACCUACACGAUGCCGAGAAGACGCCAGAGUACUGGAAGCAGGCAGCCAAGAAAGUGCAUACAGCCAUCAUCGGUGCAGACAAGGCAGCAUCAAAGGUACUAUAUAAGAGCUACAAGUAUUUACCAGAAUAUCUGAAACCAUGUUUUCUCUAUAUUGGAGUUUUCCCACAUGACUCUGACAUCACUGCCUCCAAGCUCAUCAAACUAUGGUGUGCUGAGGGAUUUCUUCAACAAUAUGGGAUCCAAACAUCUUUAGAAGAUUCUGCCAUGGAAUCUCUUGAGACUCUUGUGUCCUCAAAUGUCGUUAAAGUCCGUCAGCCCACCUCCUUUGGUGGAAUUAAAACCUGCAACGUCUACCCUCCUUUUUGGCAUAUAUGUGUGAGAGAAGCUGGGAAGCAUAAGUUUUUCCAUGUCAUUGAUAGUAUUGGUAAUCAAGGUAUAGAAAGCCAGCGUCGACUAUGCAUUCAUAACAACGCUUUAUUUGGUAUCAAAAAUGUGCGCAAGUCGACGACAUCCACUCCAAAUGUGCGUUCGCUCCUCUGCACUGGUCCACACCAUCAGUAUCCAGUACCAAUAAAUUUGGAUUUUAGUUUGUUGAGAGUACUGGAUGCACUUACUAUCCGCUUCUAUAGUUUCCCGAGUGCAGUAGUGAAAUUAGUUGAGUUAAGGUACCUGGCCAUCACUUAUAACGGUGUGCUCCCUGAUUCCAUAUCCAAACUCCGGUAUCUUCAGUACUUGAUUGUCCAUCAAUAUCUAAGAAUCAUAUACUAUGGCAAUAGUCGGUCAUAUUUGCCCAUGGAGGUCUGGACUAUGCACGAAUUGAGGCAUCUCGAGGUCAUGGGAAGCGACAUGCCAGAUCCUAGUUCUGAGGAUGUCCUCUUACCGAACCUCUUAACACUUUCAGGUAUUAGCACUCACAGUUGCACCAAAGAGGUUCUUGGCCCCAAGCUUCCUGCUCCAUUUUUCCCAGUGAGUCUUAGAAAGUUAACACUCGGUGGACUUGGACUUCCUUGGGAAGACAUGAGUCUUAUUGCUUGUUUGCCGAAUCUUGAGGUGCUUAAACUACGAUGCUACGCCUUUCGAGGGCCGGAAUGGGAAACUUUUGAGGGGGGAUUCUGGAAACUUAGAGUUCUUCUAAUUGAAGACACUGACUUGGAAUACUGGAGAGCUAAUGGUUAUCGUUUCCCAAGACUUGAGCGCUUAUUCAUUCACCACUGCUACAAAUUGAAAGAGAUCCCUCAAAGCAUUGAAGAAAAUUUCCGCCUUGAAGUGAUAGAGAUAGUUGAUGGCACCCCUUCUCUUGUGGCUUCAGCAAAGCAAAUACAACACGCCUGGGGAUUUGCUGGUCUUCAAGUUUGUGUGAAGAGCACUCUGGAGGAGAAUGGCAAAGGCAAGUAG